AUGCCUGUCAUCGGACCCAACGCGAGCCAGCUGCGUGCCGGUGUCCAGGCAGCGAUUCAGGUGGCCGACGAGGAGGAAUUUGAACGACAGCUGGCUUCCAGUACUGUUCGAUCCCACGAGAAGGCCGAAGAGCAACUGCGAGCCUUCGGCGAGCAGUCUGUCGCCGAGCAGCGCAGAAAGGGUGACCUCUCCAUCCCCGCCGAUUUGGAUCAAUACCUCCGCUCGGACACGCCCUUCCCAGACCAGUUCUGGUCGGCGUUGACCCAUUGGGCGUGUAAGCGCUUCGACGGCGACAUCGGCCGCACAAGCACGACGAUCACGAUCGUCUUCUACGGCUUUUACUGUCGCUCCAAGCCAGAAGCUCGCGUCGGCAGCAGGAUCCGCGAAGCCGUCAAGUCAAUCGUCAUGCACCAUCCGUCGGUGCGACCGCCUGACGAGAAGAAGUACGUGGCCUCGUCCGAUUACGAACAGAUUCUCGGAUUUGGCGCUUCACGGCAAAUGAAACCGCACGGUCGCGAUCGUAUCCAAAGCUAG